GAGUUUGUCCAACACGGGGUUGAGUCCCAAUCGCAGAUUCACAUAGUCACCGCGGACAAUAUUCCUCACUCACGGGCAAUAGCACCAUUUUAUUUCAUUUUACUAUUUGCGGUAGAAAGUCUGCGAAGGAAGAUUAGCCACAUUCCAUGUUUGUUAGUUACAUCGGUGAUUCGAAAAUAAAAUGAGGGAGCUAGUUAGCUGAAUGAAUGUCUAUUAUUACUACUCUCACCUAAUUCCGAUUUUUCUACGGAGUAGUUUAUCUGUUGAUGUUGGUGCUUAAUAAAACUAACAACAUCAAGGGGGGUGUGAAGAGUAAUUAUCCUCCUGUAGUUAUUAUUACUGUAACUGCGGACAUCGCGAGGGGCAAGGAUUGCUCAACCGCCUGGCGAAAAUCACUUUUAUUUCCUGACGUCAAUCAAUAAAUUUAGAGCUACCCUGAUGAGAUAACUAGAUCUCGUCGGCUUCAACGACAGCGAAUGAGAUUGGAGGGUGUGUAGACUUCCUUUUUCUCCAACUCCAGCACGCGAGGAGUCGAGUUUUUCAUAGCAACCUUGUGUUAAAUCAAUAAAAUACGCUGUGAUGGCAGUCCAGCCGCGUCCACUCUUAACUCAACUGGCGCAGUCUAGAUAGUCUAGAUCCAGCCAUCCUACGCUACGAACAGUGCGAACAAUGCGAACAAGGCUCUCAAGAGGCUUCCCGACAUGCAUCUCCAAAAUGUCCAUGGAUCCAUCGCUCCACGCUUCGAUGGGACCUUUACAGCCCCUUUGCACUGUCGCAGAAAUUCAUCGAAACAUGAGUGGGUAGUAGUAGUAGUUAGUCCUUGCUGGUAGCCUGUCGGUCCAGUAAUACGCCGCGUAAUUCGCUGGGGAAGGGCGCAGCGACCAGUCAUCCCCUGGAAGGUUUGAACCCUUAUUAGUUACAUCUUCAAAAAAGUGCAAAGGGGUGAUAUUAUUCUUGGGAUACCGGUGGCCUUCUAGGUCGGCGACUUUCUUGUGUGAGGUUGUAUCCAUAAUAAUAAUAAUCGCCACGCUACAGAGGCGAGCCGAAUGUCUUUGCAUCUUGACGGCGACUAUCCCGCACAGAGAAAUGCCAAAAACAGCAGAAAUGCUUGAGAAAGAAAAGAGUUCCAAUGGUCUGUCCGUGCUGGACCCUUGGCUUGAUGGCUGAUCCGUAUUUCGCGACAGGCCAACCAGGGCGACGUAUGUAAGACGACAAUAAUAAUAAUAAUAAUAAUAAUAAUGUGCAGGGGAGGACAGGACAGGCGAGAGGAGGCUAUUCCUCUCCUAUCUUGUUGGAUAUUUCUCUUCUUCUUCUCCUUCUCUUCCUCUUUCUCUUCUCCCUCGUCCGCUCUGACAAUACUUAAAUUCUUCGCUUCUGCACUCGUUUGGCAAAUUCCGCUCCUUUUUUCUUCAACUGCUGCCAAUUAACAUAUUCGCUAUAUUCUCUCCUUCAUCAAUACUUUGAUUUCUUUCUUAUAUAUAUUGUUCUUUUUUGAAAAGAAAAGAAAAAACCCCAGCGAAAAUGCAUCUGAUGAAAUCUCUUCUUGCCAGCGCGCUUCUGGUCGCUGCUGCUGUUGCCCAAAAGAUUUCUUUCACCAGCUUCCCCGAGGAUGUCCAGGCUGGCGAGCCUGUGACUGUCACCUGGACCGGUGGUAGUGACGAGCCUGUCACCAUCACGCUAAUGAAGGGCCUCAGUAAGGACCUGCAAGAGGUCGAGACCUUGACCACCUCCGGUCAAGACGGUGCCUUCACAUGGACCCCUGAAUCUGACAUCGUCAAUGGCGACGACUAUGCUCUCCGAAUCAGCCAGGGUGACGAAGUCAACUACACCAACCUGUUCGACGUCAGCGGCGGCUCUGGCAAGGAGGAGACACCCUCUCCAACCGUUACCACUCCUCCCCCCACCGUUACUGGCACUUCGUCCCCAAGCUCUGGCCCCAGCAACUCUAGGAACAGCACCAGCAGCGAAGCAACCACCAUCACCACUGGCGUGACUGUUACUCCCACAGGUCCCACGACUGCUCCUCCCACUCCAACUCCUAGCGAACCUUCUGCCGCCUCCAUUAUGGCCGUGUCCAGCCCCUUCGCAUUGAUUAUGGGUGUGUUGGCCGCAUUUGUCUACUUGCAUUAAAUUACAUUUGAUGUAUUUUGAAACCAUCUAAAUUUUUUUCUCCUCUACUUCGAUUGUCGAAGAUAUAUUUAAGCUUCUUUGGGCUUCGGUUCUUUUCUUCUUCUAUUUUGUCCACUGCAAACUCCAUCUUCUACUGGAGCUCGUGAUAUCAUACCCUGUCUUUCUGUUGUCUUUUUUUAUUUAUUUUUUAUUUUUUAUUUUUUUCUCUUCUAUAGACAACACUCGACCCGAUCUAUUCGUCAUAAUAAUGUUGUGUCGCUCUAUUGACUUACCUACAAACACAUCUUUACACAUGCUGCGCAUCUUCACACAUAGUCGCAUGCGACUUCUUGUCCGACCACCUAGGACGGAAAUGGGAGCGGGAUCAGUUAAAACAGGAAGAAGGGAAAUGAUGUAGGGGUGUUGCUCUCGAAAGCUUGGAGAGGGCAGGGAGGGAUGAAAGCCGGCAUGGCUCUCCUUGAGUGCCGCCCAGAAGCUCCGUAUGGAGAUUAUCCUAUUGUGCUUCGUCUUCUAUUGAUUUAGAGUUGGAGUCUUGUAUCUUUCUUGAUAAUGAAAAGGGCAGUGUUCUGCUUUUCUCAUUCUUUGCCUCUCUUUUUUUCUUUCGUAAGUAAUUAGAAAAAUAGCAUUCUGCAACCAGCCUCCGUCCCUGGUAUGUAACUGCUGCAUUGCCACAGAUGUACCUCUCUAUUCCAGGCUGCAUCCAUGUAUUGACGGAUUAGGGGACCUUACCUGUGCAGCACGGGCUGAUGUAUUCGAAGCUGUACAAGCUGCUCCAUAU